AUGUCCGAUCCAAAGAAGCAUCCUGCGCCCCCAUCAGUUGGCCAAGCAAGUUCUGUAAAAGCUCCUGCUACCGGUAGCACUGUCAGUCCUAAGCAACAGCAGCAAAAGAAGGCUGCUGGUGGCAGUGAUAUUGAUCAUCGAAAAGAGCGACUGCGCCAAGCGUCUCGCGAAAGUGACGACGAGGACGAUGGCAUUCAGUUUCCAAAGACGGACUACUACACCUACGACAACGAGACCAAAAAGGACGACAAAGACAACAAUAAUGACGAAAACAAGGAAGGCGUGGUAGAGUCCACUAUUCAACCCGAACUGGCGGGUGUCUAUGCUGCACUCUUCAAGACAGAAUGCACCCGGCAAUUGGAGAGCUCCAUCGUGGUCCCUCUUCCUCCUAGAAUCAUUGGUGGUGUCAGGGAUCAAGCCGAGAGAGUCAAGUCUUGCCAGUGCCAAAAAUCAAGCUGUCUCAAGCUGUACUGCAAAUGCUUUUCAUCGGGCAUACACUGCAGUUCCUAUUGUGAUUGUAAUGAUUGCUUCAAUGAUGGAGCUUCCAAUCAUCAGUAUUUCAGAAAUAAAGCCAUUCUGAUAUGCCUCGAAAGAAAUCGAAACUCAUUUCGACCGGGCCAAGCGGACACAACAAUAAGCGAAAAGGAGGAGGAGGAGGGCGGCAAGAACAAGCGAGAAGCACCGUGCAGUUGCACCAAAUCUCGGUGCUUAAAGGUGCGUAGACUAUGGCAAUGUACCUUUGCAAAUGAAAAUGCAUGGCUCUUGUUGCUCUAUUGUUGCAAUCACUCUCAUCAUCAUCAUCAAUCACUGGACAAUUCGACUCCACAGAAGUACUGUCAUUGUUUUGGAGUUGGCAUUUACUGCAAACAAUACUGCAAAUGCGCACAAUGUUAUAACUACAAGGGAAACCCUGAAAGAGAAAAACUCACCCUGUAUGCCCAGCGGUUGGCGACUUCUGAAACCUCCAAAUCAAAGGCUGGAGCGAAGGCAGCCAAAGCAAAGGCGGCUGUAAUCAAGACUCCAGCCACAAAUGCCAAAACAAUUACCCCAGAAGAUGAUGGUGAUCUACCUCCAUCCUACUACGCCGUGCCCAUGAGACUGCCGGGAGGGAUCGACAGUGCAAGUCUCUCCUUUGGACUGGCAUCGUUAGGGUCCAAGAAACGAAAGGCUGAAAGUUCUCCGGGGGUCAAUGAAGCUGUCGAAAGGGCCAUGGCUACCGAAGAAGCCAUAUUGGAAAGACGCAAUCAAGUGGAUUCAAGGAGGUCUCCGCAUGGGACAUCGCAUGCUCCACGAAACUUCUUCUCGACGCCAUCGUCCUCAAGGCCCAAGACUCAAGGAGCCAUUCAGACAGAAUUAGAGCACAAGUGGGCAAUUGAAACUCAAGACGUAUUGGGGACCUUUCAAGCUAUGCGACAAGAACUCUUGCAACGAAAAAAGGAUGCUGGUCUACUUGGUGGUGCGGAUAUUGAAAUCAGUCGAGAGUAUUCUUACUACGAUCUAGUGGGAUCGGCGCAGCUGGCUGCUGUUGAACUCGACUUGGCAGAAGUCAUGACCAGCGUCAAGGAAGCAGAGGCGGGAGCAAGAAGGGUUGCUCAACAAGAGCAACAGCAACAAUCCACACCUGCCAAGAGCAGCGACCCUGAUGAGCAGAUGCUGCUUUGCGAUGAAACCGUGGACAAAUUGCCAAGGGUGUCGGCAGCACCAUGCUCUGCCCCAAGGAUGGAUAGCACGAAAAGGGAAGAAUUGACUGUAGAGUUGGCUCAAGAUGCGGCUCUGAUGCGUGAGCUGGCACGCAUUAUCAGGCGUCACGCCCAGGAGAUGAAGGAAGCCCGAACUUCAAAUCACCCGUUAUACUAG